AUGCCACCCAAGAGAAAAUCAAGCAGCAGUGAGACUAGCACCAAAAAAAAGUCCAAGGUGUGGGAGCCAUUCGAUCCUUCAGUGCCCAACAACACGACCAUGCCUUCCGAAAUGUCCUUUUCCAACGCUCCUGAGGGAGGUGUCAAGAUCGCAUCGUACAAUGUGUCUGGUCUACGUGCGUCUGUCAAGAAAGGAUUCCAUGACUAUGUCAAGGCCGAAGAUGCUGAUAUCCUAUGUAUCCAAGAAACCAAGGUGCAUGAAGCUUUGCCUGAUGUUAUUGAUAAAAAACAAUACAAGCACAUGUACUGGGCAUUUGAUGACAAAAAAGGCUAUUCGGGUACUGCCGUGUUCUCAAAGGUCGAACCUGAAAAGGUCACUUAUGGAUUGCCUGACUUUGAUGAUGGAUCACGGGGUCGCGUCAUUUCCUUGUUCUACCCGGCCUUUGUAUUGAUUGCAUGCUAUGUCCCCAAUGCUGGUUCAGAACUCAAGAAUUUGGAUAAGAAGAUGGAGUUUGACAAGUACAUGGAAAAGUAUAUUCGAUCAUUGCAAAAGGAGGGUAAACCUGUCAUUUGGGCUGGUGAUCUCAAUGUUGCUCAUACGCGAGAUGAUAUUGCUCGACCUGAUACCAAUGAAAGAUCAGCAGGCUUUACUAUUGAAGAGCGUACCGAUUUCUCCAAAGUACUUGCACCCAGCGAGGAUGGACAACCUGGUUUGAUUGAUACAUGGCGUCAUUUUCAUCCUGAUACGAAGGGCCAUUACACUUACUACUCGUAUCGUUUCCAAUGUCGUGUCAAACGCAUUGGCUGGCGUUUGGAUUACUUUGUGGUGACGCCUGAUCUCAUGGACAAGGUGGUAGAAAGUAGCAUUCGUCAAGAGGCAUGGGGUGCUAGUGAUCAUGUUCCCUUAGUACUCAUAUUGAAGGAUACCAAACUUGACAAGUAG